AUGAAGGCAUAUCUCUACGCCCUCGCAGCCUCGGGGGCAGCGGGGGCAGCGAGAGCAACGGGCGGAUUCGUGGCCACAGACCAGUCCUUAAUUUCCUCAAGUUCUUUCGUCGAUAUCACCGAAGCAGACGAGGAUCUCGACAAAUGGCUCUCUGCGGUACAGGCGCAGCCUCUUGAGGCCCUCAAGCCAUACCCCAUUUCUUGCAGCAAAGCCGGGGAGGGCCCCUGGUUCCUGUUCCCGGAGGCGGAUCAGUUGGCCUCAUGCAAGGAGACCAUGCUGCUCAAUGUGGUUGUCCAGAUGGCCGAGGUCAAGGACAUGCCCACCAUCAUCAGGGCCUGCACAGCAGACUACGACACUUCUCCGUCCAUGAGGGUUGCUUUCGUGCCAGACUCGACCAAGGCAUCGCUCUGUACCACCGCCAACAAAGUGCUGGAGGAUGCCUCCAUCUCCAUUCACCGGCCCGGCAAAGACCGCGAGUUCUCGCCGACCCAUCUGCUAUCAGCUGGUCGUCAGGUCAAGAGCUAUCUUGCCUCUCAGAAGCCGUCAUGCUCCAACAACGCCAUGGCCUUUGGCUACUCGCAGACGUCGGUCAUCGGUGUUUUUGCCGGCGCUAAAGUGCACCAGCACGGUGUCACAUCAGAUGUCCUUCAGCAAUUCCUCGAGCAUGUUCAGAACGAGUCGGUCUCAGGAACCACCGUGGUGCAGUUGUGUGGUGCCAAAGAUCGUGGUGCCGAUUACAGCAUUGGCAUCGUCGCCAGCAGCGCCAAGAAUCUCGAUUUCGUCCAGGAGGUGGUCAAGACAUGGGCUGAUGGCAAAUGUGUCUCACAGGUGGGUGCGGGCCAGGACUGGAUGCCGGUCACUCUGCGCGUUCCUGUUCCCUUGGAGGAGUUGUCCAAGAACGACACCAUCUCCAACAGCACCGCCAGAUCUCGCCAUUCCGCGCCUGGAGAUAUUUCUGCCAGGUUCGCCCGGCUCAGCCCCCGAGCUGAUUGCAGGGUCACUACCGUCCAGGCCGGCGAGGGUUGCUGGGCUGUGGCCCAGAGAUGUGGCAUCUCGCAGACUCAACUGCAGAACUUCAACCGCGCCAACCUCUGCAACUCACUUGUUCUGGGCGAGCGGGUCUGCUGCAGCACCGGCACCCUCCCCAGUACCCUCCCUCCCGGAAACUCUGACGGCACGUGUAAGACGCGCCAGGUUGUGUUGGGCGACGACUGUGGCUCAUUGGCCAACAAAUGCGGAAUUACUGGCGAUGACUUCACCAAGGCGAAUCCUCAAUCCGGGCUUUGCUCCAAACUGUCCGAAGGUCAGCAUGUGUGCUGCAGCCAGGGCAACCUUCCCGACCUUAGGCCCAAGAAGGGUGCCGAUGGCUAUUGUGCCGUUUAUCGGACCAAGAAGGACGACAACUGCGCCAAGAUUGCUGCAAGCAACAUGCUCAGUGUGACCCAACUGGAGAACUUCAACAAGAACACAUGGGGUUGGAAUGGCUGCAAGUUGCUUUAUCCCGAUUUCAACAUGUGCGUCAGCGACGGAGCUGCGCCGAUGCCUGCUAUUGUCCCUAACGCAAUCUGUGGACCAACCAUGAACGGCACCGUCCGGCCCCCCUUAGGGACCAACAUCAGCACGAUGAACCCGUGCCCUCUCAACGUGUGCUGCAACAUUUGGGGGCAAUGCGGUAUGACCGAUGAUUUCUGUGUCGUUUCCAAGUCCGAGACUGGUGCUCCCGGUACUGCAGCUCCUGGCCAGCACGGAUGCAUCAGCAACUGCGGCAGAGACAUCAUCAAGGGCCCCGCGCCGGCAAAACAUAUCAAGCUUGGCUAUUUUGAGGGCUGGAACUUUGGCCGCAAGUGCCUGCACAUGGAUGCUACCCAAAUCGACACAAGCACUUACACCCACGUUCACUUUGCCUUUCCUAAUGUCACGCGAGGCGAUUUUCGGAUCGAGAUCACGGACCCGUUAGUCAAGAAGCAGUUUGAACGUUUCAAGAAGCUUCAGGGCGUCAAGAAGGUUGUAUCUCUAGGUGGCUGGGACUUCAGUGCUCUGCCAGGGACCUUCAUGAUUCUCCGAGAGGCCGCCCAACCAGCCAACCGCGACCUGUUCAAGCGCAACAUCAUCUCCUUCAUCAACGAGCACAACCUUGACGGCAUCGACCUUGACUGGGAAUAUCCAGGUGCCCCUGACAUCCCGGACAUUCCCGCUGAUGAUCCGGUAAAUGGUCUCAACUACUACAGACUCUUGGCCAGCAUCAAGGCCGAGGUCGGCGAUUCCAAGACAGUUUCGUUCGCCGCACCAGCGUCGUUCUGGUACCUCCGCUCCUUUCCUGUCAAGCAAAUAGCCCAAGCUCUCGGCUAUAUUGUCUUCAUGACCUAUGAUCUUCACGGCCAGUGGGAUGCUGGUAAUAAGUGGACUUCGCCUGGCUGCCCGACGGGCAAUUGCUUGCGGUCACAUGUCAAUGAGACUGAGACUAGGGACGCGCUCUCCAUGAUUACCAAGGCGGGUGCCCCUUCCAACAAGGUCCUGGUUGGUGUCUCCAGUUACGGACGGUCCUUCAAGAUGGCCCAGGCUGGGUGCGACGGCGAGUCCUGCCUGUUCACGGGCGACAACCGCAACUCCCAUGCUGCCAAAGGUCGGUGUACGGACACUGCUGGAUACAUCUCGAACGCCGAGAUCAACCAGAUCAUUGCUCAAGGCAGGGCCAACAAGCGCUACAACAAAGAAGGUUCCAACAUCAUGGUGUAUGACAACACAGAAUGGGUGGCCUGGAUGGACGACGAGAUGAAGGACAAGAGAACCGAGUUUUACCACUCGUACAAUUUCCUGGGCACCACUGAUUGGGCAGUCGAUCUGCAAGAGUGGUAUCCCGACGCCAGUUUAGACGAGGACGAUGUCGAAGUCGUUUAUCUGGGAACCGAGGUGUACCGCGAAAGGACUGCCUACUGUACGCCGCCUUGCCGUCUUAUCUUGCCACCCAGCUCACUCCCGGCACCAACGGUAAUCUCAAUUCCACCCUAUACAACAUCCAUUGAGGUGGGCCGCAGCCAGGGUGCAUCAUUUGUCGUCGAAACGACGACCAUCACCGUCUAUGCGCCCAACAUUACGACAAAUCAGAUGCCCAUGUCCAAUGUCAAUAUCACCGUCGCCAAUCCAACAAAUGGCGGUGGUGCCGGUGGCAUUCCCCCUUUCUACGCCAACCCAAGUAUUGAUAUCCCCCCUAUUCCCGUCGUCGUCACGCCUCCAGGGGGUGGUGCACCGCCAACUUCGCGAUGGAUUACUCUUCCGCCCUGGCCGUCAGUGACAGAUGGCCCGCUGCCUGACGACCCAUCUGGAGUCGACAUUCCAGACAACAGCGACCUACCAUCUGAUGAUCAAAAUCCAAUCAUUGAUCGACCUCCUCUAGGAUCUGGACCUCCAAUGGUCUGGGACUGCCCGCCGGGUGGCGUGUUGGAGAUUGAUGAGUUUCACGCCAUCUUGACGCUUGACAAUUGCCAGGGUCAAGUAACUUUGGGCGGGUGCGCACCUACGGGAACGAAGGCAAUGGAUGCACCUCCUGAGAGCACACUUCUCAUUGGCUGCACUUUGUUCACGGGGACCCAGGCUCCUGAUAUCAAGCCAUUUCCUACAGGCUCAGGUAAUAUCAUUCAGCCCAUCACCACGCUAGUGCCGGAUCCACCAAGAGAAGACGACCCUUAA